AACUCCACUUCAUCUCUUGCUCAGUCAGCCACUCGAGGAGAGAGACACCACCACCCCUUGUCUGCGCUCAUUCCCAACGUGGAAAGGGGACAGGAAAGACACCAUAUCAAUCCGACAGAUUCCAGCAAAUCGCCCACGGAUCAUUAUUUCUCCAUGCCGACUGCGUGUUAAAGAGCGCGCUCAGUGCAGCACACAUCAGGCUGCUUUAUUACAUAGCAGCGGCGCGAGCUGCCUGUAGCUGUCCAGGAGCCUCAGCUAGCGACGGAACAAAGAAAACACACACCAAUAUAACCGUCUGCUAAGCAAACUGCUUCCCUGUUCUUCGAGGAGGAGAAGGCAAGACCCCGAAGACCAAAACUGACAUGAUGUUUCCACAAUCCAGGCACUCGGCUUCAUCGCAGCAGCUGAAGUUCACGACGUCAGACUCGUGCGACCGCAUCAAGGACGAGUUCCAGUUCCUUCAAGCACAAUACCACAGUCUGAAGCUCGAAUGUGACAAGCUGGCCAGUGAGAAGUCAGAAAUGCAACGUCAUUAUAUCAUGUACUAUGAGAUGUCCUAUGGGCUGAACAUUGAAAUGCACAAGCAGGCAGAGAUUGUGAAGAGAUUAAAUGGGAUCUGUGCUCAAGUCUUGCCUUACCUGUCUCAAGAGCACCAACAGCAAGUUCUGGGGGCGAUAGAGAGAGCCAAACAGGUCACCCCACCAGAGAUGAACUCCAUCAUACGGCAGCUCCAGGCUCACCAGCUCUCUCAGCUGCAGGGGCUGGCGUUGCCCAUGACCCCUCUCCCUCUCGGCCUCAGCCAACCGGCCGGCCUCCCCGCCGUCACCUCUAGCUCUGGCCUCUUCUCCCUCUCCAGCAUCCUGGCCUCUCAAGCCCAGCUGGCUAAGGAGGAUAAGAGCACACGUGAGACCUCGGACAGCCAUCGCGAGGAAGACGGAGACAAGUCCGACUAGUCGCCCGCCAAACUGGUUCCUUCAUCCGAUUAUCCUCCAGAGCUCCACAUAGAGCAGAGGCACUUGUUCCUGUUUUUUCCCCUUUUUAUUUUCCUUCAUUUUCUAGUCUCCUUGCAUCUUUCUAUCUACCCUCUAAAUUGCUACUGUGUUCACAUGCCUAAUGUCAUUCCUUUUGGUUCAUUCCACCAGCUCUCUAUAUGUAUUUAUACCAAUCCACCUUUUUAUUGUGUUACGGAUGCUUGAUUUUAUUUUAUUUACACUAUUUCUUGCCUGCGUGUAUGUAUAUAUAUAUCUAUAUCUAUAUAUAUAUGUAUAGUAUAUUUCUUAUGCUCGUUGUGGAAAUGGUCUACAAAAUGGUGCGACCAUUAAUGGACCAUCGACCCUUCAGUAAUAAUUCCUCUUUGGGUUUUUUUUCCCUCCGCUUUCUCUCUUCCUCUUAAAAUCUUUCACCUUUUAAAGCUACAAUCUACAAUAACUGAGUCAAAAGCACUUUGGCCUCAGGCAGUAACUCUGAGACUAAAAGCAACUUUGAAUCUAAAAACAUAGCCGCGGCAUAAUCCAUUUAGAGUUUAAAGGAUUGAUGUUAUUGUUCGAAGGCACGGCUGUUGCAUCUAUGCUACCUUACAGGGACGGUUCAAGUUAAAAUGUGGAUUUGUUUCAUUUUUAUGUCAUCCCAAAGAUGAAGAUAAAGACAUCCCAGAGAUAUUUUGAAGAGUGUUCAUGCUGCUCCUUUCCAUACAAUAAAAGCAGAUGGUUACCACAGCCAUCAAGCAAAAUUUGGAAUAAGUAACUUGAAUUUCUUACAUUUCUCAUUCAACGGCUUCAGAACACUUAAAAUACUACAUUUAUAAACAUUUCGUUUAACUCUGUCA